AUGUAUGUUGUGGCAGUGACUGGAAAUAUCAUCAUCCUAUACAUAAUCCAAAUUGACCAUGUUCUGCCUGGGCCCAUGUAUCUUUUUCUGGCCGUGCUGGCUACUACUGACCUGGUCCUGUCCUCCUCCACACAACCUAAAAUGCUGGCCAUACUCUGGUUUCACAAUCAUAAGAUUGAAUGUCAUGCCUGCCUCAUCCAGGUGUUCUUCACACAUGCCUUUUCUUCUGUGGGGUCUGGUGUGGUCAUGGCCAUGACCUUGUGCUGCCUUGUGACUAUCUGCUUCCCACUCAUGUUCUCUUGGAUGCCCAUCUGCCUAAGCCAUAUUGUCUCUUACACCUACUAUGAACAAGUGACUAUGCUCAUACAGAUAUGUAACAUAUUAGAUCAUGAUCCAGUUCUCAUGGCCUUUUCUGUGGUUAUAUUUGAUAUUGUCAAUAUGACAAUUGGUGUUACACAGGUAGUGCUGAAAUUGGAGACACUCUACCUGGUAUUUAGUACAGAUUCUUGCUCCUAUACCAACAUGCUAUGCUCAAAACUUCCUCCUCCCAUUACUAUAGCUUCUGCACUCUCAGAGUGGUUCCUGUCAUUCUGUGUCUCUAACCACCUAGUUCUGUUCACCAUUGUACCAUUAUUGGGAACUAAAUAG